AUGAAAAAUCAACUGGUUUUCAUAUUAGUAUUCUUCUUUUUUCUAAUUACUUUUAUUCAUGCGAAAAAAUAUCAUUUAUUUGGAGAAAACGAAUCAUCAACGGUUUCUUCUACAAAUGAUCAACGCUUAUUAGUUGAUAUUGAUAUUUAUAAUCGUGCAUAUGCAUUACCUUAUUUUCUUCGUCAAUUGGAACAAUUUACUUGUCCAUGUAGCCAAUGUUAUUUAGAUUUCCAUCUUUACCGUGUAUUUAAUACAACAAUCGAAAAUGAAACUAGUCGAUUAUUACAUGAAUGGGUAUCAGCUAUGAAAAAAUCGGAUCAAUUCGUUUUUACAACUAUCACGAUUCAUGAAUGGACAGCACAAUCAAAAGAUGAUCGCGCAAAUCGACUAUCUGAUGCAAUGAAACGUUCAUCUGUACUCGAUGUAACAUACCUUGCUAUGUUUGAUUCAAUGAUUAUUUUAUUAGAACCUGAAAAGAUUUUAUCAAUAUUAAUAUCUAAAGAUAAACCCUUAAUGACGCCAUUAUUGCGUUCGACAAAAAAUAUGUAUACAUCAACAUUCUAUUUAAAUGAUCAAGAAGCAAGUGGAUUUGACACUUAUAAAAAAAUUUAUGAUCGUAAAAGAUUGGGCUGUUUUUCUAUUAAUGGUGGCAUUAAAGAUUUUUAUUUUUUUAAUUUUAAUCAUCCAAAAAUGCGAAAUGUCUUUUUAAUAAAUAGAAAUUCUAAAGAAAUUCAACAACAUUAUGCUAUUGAUGUUAUUGCAAGAGAAAAUUCAAUACCUUCAUAUGUAUGUAAUCGUGAAGUAUUUGGUUAUAUACCUGCACAAUUUAGUGAAACACUUCAUGAUGAAGCAAUUAUAUAUGAUCUAUAUAUCCAUACGUUAAUUGAACAUCAAUUGAAUGGCCCAUCACAAACAUAUUUACCACCAAUAUCGCGAACAUCAUUGAUUCAUGUACCAUUAUCAAAAGAAAAAACAAAAUUUGGUUUAGAUGAAAUUUAUGUAAUUAAUCUUGUACGUCGUACAGAUCGUCGUGAACGUUUACAAGCAACAUUUGAUAUACUUAAUAUGUCAGUACGAUUUUUUGAUGCUGUUGAUGGAAAAUAUACAAUUGAUCAAGCAUAUUUAGAACGUCUUAAUGUUCGUCUAUUACCAAAUUAUGAAGAUCCAUAUAAUCAACGACCAAUGAAUUAUGGAGAAUUAGGUUGUUUUUUUUCGCAUUAUUUUAUUUGGCAAGAUAUGAUUAAAAAUGAAUAUUCAAAUGGCAUUUUAAUUCUUGAAGAUGAUGUUCGAUUUGAUGUUUAUUUUAAAUAUAAAUUAGAAAAAAUUUUAUCAAAUUCUUCAUUAGAUUGGGAUAUUUUAUUUCUUGGACGAAAAAUUAUGCGACCCAAUGAAGAAAAUUAUGAAAAUACAAUCGAAACAUUUCUUAUUGAGCCAUCGUAUUCGCAUUGGACUGUUGGUUAUGCACUUUCAUUACGUGGUGCACGAAUGCUCAUUGAUGAAAAUCCUAUUCAAAAAAUUUUACCUGUUGAUGAAUUUUUACCAAUUAUGUAUGACCAUCAUCCGAAUUCAAGUUGGAAAAGUCAUUUUACCAAUCGAAAACUUAAAGCAUAUGCAUUUCAUCCAUCAAUUCUAACGCCAACACAUUAUUUUGGUGAACCAAAUUAUGUAUCUGAUACAGAAAAUACACAAAUUCUUGAACAAAAUGAUGGAAAAACUUCUCUACCGGCACCAGAAUUAGUGAGCGUUGAUGUAGCUGCCACACAAAAGCGACUUGAAGACAAUGCACGGAUGCAAAAAGAUGAAUUAUAA